AUGGGUUUCGGAGUUCUUGAACACCAUAGCAGUCUGGAGCAUGUGCCUGGCACGGCGCUGCUCCAAGACGUCGUUCCGGCGGAAACCGCCCAUCUUAAGAAGGGCUCAGGCCACGACUCUGAUGUCGUCCUCGUACCCCAACCAUCCAGCAACCCAAAUGACCCGCUCAACUGGCCACUGUGGCAGCGAGAUUUGAUUUUGGUCAUGUUUUGCUUCCUUACCAACGUCUGUGUCGGCGGCAUCGGUCCCCUGAUUGGUGUUCUUGCCCUCGACUUCGUCGUUGCAUGGGGCCUCAACUUUACACAAGUCACCUUGCUUUCUGGAUAUCCGCUCGCACUCGUUGGUGCUAUGGGCCCGAUUGUGGCUGCGCUGUGCCACAAAUACGGCAAACGCCCAUUUUUCCUCCUGUCCACUCUAUUCUUGUUCGCGGGCACUAUUUGGUGCGCUAAAGCGACAGGAUACCAAUCCAUGAUUGGCGGCAGAAUGAUCCAAAGCAUCGGCACGGCCAUAUUUGAAAGUGUUACCUUCACCCUCAUUGGCGAUCUCUACUUUGUUCACCAGAGAGGCUCGCGCAUGGCCAUCUACGUUGUCGCUCAAGUCGGGCUCGUGCUACUCCCUUCUCUGCUCACCGCUGUUAUUUCCCAGCGCAUGGGCUGGCCCUGGUGUUUCUGGAUUCUAGCGAUCUUCUUGGGAAUUGGUAUACUGCUCGUUCUCUUCUUCGGGUGGGAGACUCAAUUCAAUCGGAACCACCUCUAUGAACUUGAUAUGGCAUCCCGUGAUGACCUUACUUACCAUAUGAAGAACAUUCACGUUAUCGAGGAGCUCAGAAGCGGCAAAACCGCCACUGCCGUUGAAGCCGACGCCGUCCAUCUAGAAAGAACCGUCACCCAAGCUUCUGGCUACAGUGGCAAACGUGACUCUUACUUGAAGCGAAUGAAACCCUGGACUACCACAUACAGUAAAGAGAGCUUGCUCCAACUGGUCAUCCGUCCAUUCUACAUAUUGCUCAACCCCGCCAUCUUAUGCUCCGUCCUUCUCGUUGCCUUCUUCCAGCUUUGGAAUGUUGUCAUCAACUUUAUGCUGGGUCAGCUAUUUGGCUUGCCGCCUUACUCGCUCAACACAGAACAACUAGGAUACCUCACCGCUGGCCCUAUGGUUCUUGGAACCCUCACUUGCGUUCUCUUUGGAGGUGUGUCGGACCGAAUCGCCAAGUGGGCUGCCACACGUAACGGCGGAAUCUACGAGCCUGAAUUCCGUCUUCUCUCCAUGAUCUUCGCACCAAUCUUGAACUGUGCUGGGUAUUUCGCUUUCGGCUACUGCGCAGCCGAGGGCAAGAGUCCUGUUAUUAUGUCAGUACUUUGGGGUGUCGCUUUUUCCAGCUGCGUUAUCGUCACAGCCGCUACUGGUGGUUACAUGGUCGACGCUUAUCGAAAUGUCGGCAUCGAGGUUUUCGUCGUCUCGAUGUUCGUCAGGAGCUUUGUGUUCUUCGGAUUCUCUUUUUUCAUCAAUAAAUGGCUUUCCAAGUGGGGACCGAAGGGAGUCUUCUACACCAUCGCCGGAAUCAAUAUGGUGCUCAUCUCCACAACAAUCUUCAUGUACAUAUUUGGCAAGAGGAUCAGGGCUUGGUGGCACAAGCAUGACAUCUUUGAAAGAAUCGAGGCUCGUGGACGUACAGAGUAA